AUGGGCGUGGCCGCAGCACCUCUUGCGCUAACGCUCUGCUUAGACGGUGGCGGCGGCGGCGGCGGCGGCGGCGGCGGCGGCAGCAGCGGCGGCGGCGGCGGCCGCCCGCACGAGGCGUUUGCUGUGGCGGAGGCAAGCGAGGAAGAGGAAGAUGAGGAUGAGGAGGAUGAGGAGGCGGAGAAUGUGGAAGAGGAGGAGGAGGAGCAAGAGAAUGAAGAUGACGAGCCAUUGGCCGAAGUGGGCGCGGAUGGCAGCUUCCACUGCGGGGAGAUCCGUGCCGAGGGCCUGCCGGUGGGCGAGGGCAUACCCUCAGAAGAGGACCUGUUUGCCAGCCUCAACUGUCAGCGAGGCUUCAACUGCACCCGCGCGGAGCUGAGCGAGGACAUUAAGCAGCUGUACCAGACCGGCCUGUUUGAGUCGGUGAAUGCUCGCGUGUUACCGCAGAAGAAGGGCAAGUUUAAGGUGGUGUUUGAUUUUGUCGAGAAGCGCUACCCCGAGAUUCAAACCUUCAAUGUGGAAGGCGCAAAAGUGUUGCCAACAGCCGUGGUGAAGGAGGUUCAGGAAAAGCUGGCAGAGUACAAGGGACAGCCCUUCACCAUGCAGACGAUGGCGGUGAUAAAAAACAUGGUCGAGGGCUGGUACACGUCGCGCGGCUUUGGACUGUCCUACAUCUCCCAUUUCACUGGCAUGCCCACGGGCGACGUGGUGGCACACAUUGUGGAGGGCAAGACCGCCAAAGUCAGCGUGGUGCAUGUGGAUGAGGAGGGCAACCCCUCCAAGACCGCCGGGAACAUCUCAUCAUCAUUCAUCCUCAAGCAUUGCCCUGUGGAGGUUGGCACGCUGUACAACAUGAACGAGGGCCGGAAGACGCUGCAGAAUGUGUUUGCGCUGGACCUCUUUGACAACGUGCAGAUCUUGCCGCGGCAGAACGAGAAGGACCCAUCUCGCGUGGACGUGGAGGUGAUGGUGCGAGAGAAGCCGACGCAGACCGCUGAUAUCGAAGCCGAGUGGGGCAUUGCACCAGGCGACAACGGCAAGCCCGGUAUUGUCAGCCUGGUUCCGGGCGGGACCAUCACCUAUGAGAACCGCAACCUGUUGGGCAAUGCUGCCAGUAUUGCUGCCAGCAUCAACACCAAGAACUUUUUGGCUCCUGCCGAUGAUCUCUCCUUCCGUGUGCAGUACAGCCAGCCCUACAUGUAUGGGCUGGACGAUCCCAAGCGCACCCGUCUCACUGCCUCUUUGUUCAACGGCCGCAAGAUUUGUGGCGUGUUCACCCCAGGCCCUGGCGGCGAGGAGGUGCCCGCCGUGUGGGUGGACCGCACUGGUGCCAAGGUUGGCAUCACUGAGCAGUACAGCCGCAACUCAAAGGGCACAUUGGCGCUGGUGGCACAGGUGCACUGGGACUUUAGGGAGAUCACCUCGCGUGACGAGACGGGUGCCCCCUGCACCCGCGGCAUGCGCACCACGCCCUUUGGGCAGUAUGUAGCAGACGGGCCUCCGACUGACAAGGGCGUGGACCGCGUGCUGUCUGCCCAGGCUGCCCUGACCCGCGAUACAACUUAUCUCGUGAAUGGUGCCCAGGUUGGCGCUCGCGACAUUUGCACGGUUGAGCAGGGCCUCGGCAUUGGCAGCGGAGCGCCGCUGUUCAACCGGAUGGAGGCACAGUGCACGCGGUUUUGGAAGCUGACGACUCCACGCGGGAAGAGCGCGCCGGUGACGCUGGUGGCCCACGGCAAAGUGGGCAACACCGUUGGGGAUCUGCCGGCUUACGACGCCUUCUUGCUUGGCGGCCCCUUUUCGGUGCGUGGUUACAAUGUUGGCGAGCUGGCGGCCUGCCGGCGAUACGCUGAGGCAGCGGCCGAGCUGCGCGUGCCGGUAUUGGGCCAGCAGCUGUUUGCGUUUGCCGAGUAUGGGAGCGACCUGGGAAGCUCAGGCGAGGUGAGGGGCAACCCCACUCUCUACUACCGCAGGGCGGGAAGUGGCAGCAGCUAUGGUGCAGGGGUCAGAGUGGGCGCAGUCCGCUGCGAGGCGAUCAGGGACAACAACUCUGGCAACUGGCACGCUUACCUUGCGUACGGGGAGCGGUUCUGA